GAAGUGAGAUCACAUGAAAAAUCGAAAUCGAUGCUUUUGGCCUGGCCGCACACUAAACUGCAUUUUUAUCCUUUUCGAAUAUUGUUGUGAUUGAGUUUGUAAGAUUCAACUGAAGCAAAAAAAAAAAACUGCUGUUGCUGCAUAAUCUUUGCGCAUUUUUUUGCCCAGCUAAUCGAGCGAAUUUCGCGAAAGGUAGAUAAAGAGUGAAAAAUAAUUUGGGGUGUCAACAGUGGUCGAUAUUUUCAUAUUUUCCAUUUGAAUUGAAAAUUUUAAAUCAUUUCCACCGCAACUAUCCGAUAGAUUUGUAACGUAAAUUGAAUUUUAUACAGCAAAAUGGAUGCUCUUUUGGACGAAGUCGAAUCAUUGGAGGCGAUUUUGAUGGACGAUGUCAAAAUAACAAAAAAUUCUGAAACUGGCAUUCCGGAAAUGAUUGAAACUAUUGUAUUGCCAACGGUCGGUGAAGAGACUGAUUCACAAUAUGUUUGCAUAACAUUGCAAGUGAUGUUUACUAAGGGCUAUCCAGAUGUUGAACCAAAAUAUCAAUUACGCAAUCCACGUGGAUUGGACGAUUUUGGCAUCGAAUCCAUUCGUCGUGCAAUCGAUGCAAAGCUCACUGAAUCAAUUGGUGCUCCGGUAGUUUUUGAUUUGAUUGAAGUGACUCGAGAGCAUUUAACGCACAGCAAUUUACCAUCGGGACAGUGUGUUGUUUGUUUAUAUGGAUUUCAAACGGGCGAUGAAUUCACCAAAACCGAAUGCUAUCACUAUUUGCACAGCUAUUGCUUGGUUCGUCAUUUGGACGCGUCCAAACAUAAUUAUGACGAAGAACUGGAAAAAUUGCCCACAUGGCAACAGAAAACUGUUAAACCAUAUCAGGCCAGUUGUCCCGUUUGCCGUGAAUCAAUAAGCAAAGAUGCCGAUCCAAUACGUGAUGCUGCGCAGCCAGUUGAAUUACAAAAUGCUCCCGAUUUUGAAUUGACCAGUGAAAUGAAAACGCUGCAAGUGCGUAUGGCCAAUUUGUAUAUGCAUCAAAUGGCACGUGGUGGAAUCAUUGAUUCGAAUACAGAUGAAACAAAUGUGAUCUCAAUUCAAAGUGAAGAUGCCAGAGAAGAGCAACCGCGAAAGAGUAAAAAAACAAGCAAACCCCAGCCAACCGAGCAGCAAAUGAAUCAAGCACGUCAGGCAGCUGCAUUAGCGCUACGAAACGCAACAAUGGUUAAAAAUGACGAUGAAGAUGAUGACGACGAUGAGGAAAAUGAUCGACGCCGACAUGGAUAUGGACGACGCGGUGGUAAUCGUCAUAAAAAUGCCGCCCACAAACGUAAUGGUCAUCAUCAUAAUCAUAGAGCACAAACGAAAAUUGCCGGUACAAACAACGAUGCCGAACAAGCAAGUGGCUCAACUAAAAGAUGACAAUCGUUUGUCAGUGUAAACAACAUCGAUGCGUUUCACAUGCGAUUCGUUGAUUUUUGUGCAGUUUUGAAUUCAAUUUCAAUAUUUUGUUCGUCAUGAUUUGUUCGCUUCGGUCACACAAUUUAACGAAAUAAUAGCAGCAACAACAGCCGCACAAUCAGCAUUCCAAUCAAUUUACAAAUGGAAUAUGUUACCAAUACCUUAUCGAAAUCCGAUUUGUUUGGUCAAAUGGACACAGAGCCGAGAGAUUUUUAGUUUACCAUUUUUGUAUGAUUCAUCAUUUUUUUAAAUUUAUUUUGCCUUCUUUGGAAUCGUCAUUUGCAUUUAAACUAAUUUAACUUUCCGAGAAGCGAAUAAAUUUAAACCAAACAUUCAUCUAUCAAAACCAUUGAAACAAACAAAAGACAACAUUGAUUUUUUGCUUUCGAUGGUUUUUAUAAACGAGUUGGAACAAAUUGAGCUUAGCAACUGUGUUGGUAUUAGAGAAGUGAGAAAUAUGUGAUAUCGCUUACGAAUUCAAAGUGAUAAUAAUGAGAAUAUUUAACAGAAAAAAAUGAACACUGAAAUAUAAUCGAAGAAUUCAUCUCUCCGUUACCAAAUGCUGACAUUUUCCCACAGCAAUUAGUCAUACGUUUCGUUUUCUUUUUUAAAUUAGAUGUUCUGUUACGACACAUACACACACAAACACAUCUUUCAGAAUUUUAUCGAUUCAAUGGGGAUAUGAUUUAUGCAGAUAAAAAGCAUUUCAUCUUUAGAAAGAUACUUUAUUUAUUUAAGUUCAGCUAAUUCAAGCUUGCAUCUAAUUUUUUAACUUUAAGUUUUUUUUCACUUAAUUUUUUUGUACUGAUUUAAGAGUGAAACCAAUGCAAUUGAUGUGUAUCCUCAAUCGAACAAAAAUAAUUCAAUGAUUCUGCCCUUAUUGAAUCGAUGGAAUUUAUGAAGAAGAAAAAUAAUGUCGGAGUGCUUCAAGAUACUCAAGUCCUUAAUUUAUUAACAACGUCAAUUUGUAAAAUAUUGUAUUUUUUGUAAAUGAAUUAAUAUUUUUAAGUUAACGAUUAUUUCGGAUAGCCAGCUAAACGAUGAGAAUGAAAAAAAAGAAAGCUACUUAGAGAAUCGUUAUUUAAGUAUCGUGAUCUUAAUUUUAACAUACACAAUUUUAAUUUUUUUUGUACUUUCGCGUACAAAACCAUUCAAUGAAUCAAACAAAUGAAACGCAUAUUAUAAUGAUGAAAA